CCUGGUCUUUGACAUCUAUGAAGGCAAUUUGGAAUGUCUAAAUAUUCUACAGACUGCCCACCAGGGCUGGAGCAUCUUUUGGAGGUGGACCGCCUUCUGAUUCAUCAGCAACUCGAGAUAUUGGAAGUCGUGUUUGGACAUGAGACCGAAAACAAAUAUGAAGUGAAGAACAAAAUUGGCCAACAGAUCUACUUUGCCACUGAAAAGUCUAACUUUUGCUGUAAAAUAAUCUGCGGGUCAAGGCGAGCUUUCGAAAUUCAUCUCAUGGACAAUAUGGGGACAGAAGUCAUCUGCAUGAAACGGACCUUGCGAUGUCAGAGUUGUUGGUGCCCAUGCUGUUUGCAGAAGUUAGAAGUGCAAGCCCCGCCAGGUGAACCAAUUGGCUACGUGAUCCAGAAAUGGCACCCAUGCUUACCCAAGUUUGUCAUUCAGGAUAAAAACAAAGUUGCUAUUUUGAAGGUCCGUGGCCCGUGCUGUCUUUCCAGCUGCGGUCAGCCAAUUAAGUUCAAGAUUCAGGGCUUUGAUGCAUCAAAAACAAUCGGAAAGAUAACAAAGAAUUGGAGUGGAAUUUUUACUGAAGCUUUCACAGAUAUAGAUAACUUUGAGAUCGACUUUCCAAUGGUGUUGGAUGUUAGGAUUAAAACAGCCCUGUUGGGUUUAUGUUUUUUAAUUGAUUAUAUGUACUUCGAAACAACACCAUGA